GCACUUGCGUAGCUUCGCACUCUUCAUCUCGGAGCAUGUAUGGGGAGAAAGCCUGGUAAACGUGUGGAUGGAGGAGCACAAGGCGGCCCAGUGGCAUCAUGCGAAGCCAAAGACGAGAGGGCGGGGUCCUAUCUUUGCCGCUGAUUCGCGUAUUCCUUUUUACUAUGCCUUGCCCGACUCGAGGUUGGAACUUUUUGCUCAAAUUGCCCUCAAGCUUGUAAAGACUCGGCAAAAAUAUGCCAUGUCAAGCGGUUGUGUAACAGCGCAUUCAAAUUGCACGGUUUUUCCAGAGAUCAAUCAGGAAAUUAUUCGCACCAUGGCAUUAUGUAGUGGGGUGUUGAUUGAGACCGCUGUACGUAAGGGACGCUCUUUUAUGCCACGGAAGCCGUACGAGGGGAUGUAUUUCCCUGUAGGGAGUCUUCGCUGCCUACAGGGCCUUCUGCAAUAUGUGCAAACCACGGGUAUUUCACCAUUUGCUGGCCUCAGUGCUAAGGCUGCUGAGCUGUUGCUUCUGGAUCUGCUUGUCGAGUUGGCGAAGGCACAGGCACAGUACUAUGACCUUUCUCUUGAUGCCCUUGGCUCUAGCAGCAGAAGUGGCUCAGAUGCUGCUGAUGCCAAUCAAGAGGACGCGAAGAAGAAUUAUCGUAAGUACUUGGUGGAACCGUGGAGACGAUUUUUCAAUGAGGGAGUGGAAGAGAUUCCCCUGCCAGGAGUCGGCGAGGGCGCGUAUUACAACAAGCGCUUGCAUCGUGUCACGGGAACGUAUUAUGCCGCGCGUAUGCUCAGAUGGUAUGCCAGGACCAAAAUUUGGCUGGAACAGUUUUUCGGUGUUGCGUGA